UUCGAUACAGGGAAGGGGAAAGGGGAACUGAAGUUUCUGUUCGAGGUCGGAUGUAUCGCAGAUCGCAGCAGAUAUGCACAAGUUUCCUCAGCUCGCCUUGUCUCGGUGAUAUCAGACCUGGUGAAAUUAUAUGUAAAAGUAAUUUUCUUUUGAGGUGUGAUAAACAUGCAAUAGGGGACAGUACACAUCUCCCACUCCCGAGGCUAGGAAUUACACGCGGAUUCUGGGAACGAUUCGAAACCAAAGAAAAAUCUAUGCCGUGCUGCCGCCACGGCCAGUCAGUGCCUCUGUGGGUUUGAUCUGCUUCUCUGUUCCGUGUGUAGUUGGGAGACAGGCGGACAGGGCAGUACUGGAAAGGGAACAUGCCCAGGGUGCUGCUGGAGGUGUUGAUGCUUUGCUCUUUUCUCCCAAGUCAGUUCCAACCCCGAUCUCCCCACAAAUAGGGCCCACGUCCAGUGGAACUAUCUGGAACAUCCAUGCCAGCAACCUCCAUUUUUACCUAAUGUUUAAGAAUCAUAUUGCACAUCCUUCCAUGAUUAAUUUUGAUAAUGAUGAAGCUGGGGCGAAAUGUCAAGUGUGCAAUUACACUGGACCCAUCUAAUUUUUCUCUUAAGCUUCAAUUUUACAGCAUAUAUUAUUUUCAAUGGCUAUUCGCGGCUAGUAUGCCCUGCGCUGAUGGUGCAAGUAUGGCUGUUCUUAUUUUUAUGUUUUGUGAUGGGACGUCUUGCGUUUAUAAGCACUUUUAGGCAGCUUCGAGAAGAAAAACACCUUUUGUCUAUGGUUGGUGUUAGUCAAUCUCGUAUUCCACAAUGAUAUUCUCUAACUUUUAUAAUGCUCAUGGCUGCAUUUUACAGCUCUAAAGUUUAAUUGGAGUAGAAAAAACUAUUAACAUUUAUGGCAAGCUUAUCAUGUGCUAGACACUCUACUAAGCAUUUGUAUACCUUGUAUGUGUAAACUGCCCCAAUUGGAAUCAGCCUCUGCAACUUCCUAGCUGUGUUACCUCAUGCAAGUUAGCUAACUUUUCUGUGCCUUACUUCCCUCAUCUUUAUGUGGGGGUAAUAAUAGUAUCCAUCUAAUGGGUGACUGUGAAGAUUAAAAGAGUCAAUAUAUAAACAUGCAGGAAGUGCUAGGUAAGCGCUGACAGUUACGAUCAAUUUGUUCUUUAAUUCUCAUUUGACAUCUUAGAAAACUGGAGUGUAGAGAGCUUAACUUAUCCGAGGUCACAGAGCUAGUAAGUGGCAAAAUCAGCAUUCAUACACAGGCCGGGCUGACUCCAGGGCUUGGUAACUUCACCCAUUGUAAGUAGAUGAGUUUAUUAACUGACUUCAAAUAAAAUAAGUGUAUUCAACUGAUUCAUGUUUAAAAACUGUUCAAACACCUGGAAAUUAAACCAAAUUAUACUUCUUUUAAAGGACACAAAAUAAUUCAUUCUGUAAAUGAAAAAUAAUGGUUUUACUUGCAUUACCUACCUAAGCAAGCCCUUCUGUGUGGUCUGUCUACUUAAAACAUAGUUUACAAACUGCCUUACUAAGAAAUAUUCUGUCUAGGCCAGUGUGGUCCCUGGCCGUGGCAUCAAGGUAACCCCCACGGGGACAAUCUUUUUCAGUGCAUUCAUGGGUAAUAAAGGUAUAUAAACCCCCUUUUUUUUUUUUUUUUUGGCCGCGCCGUGCGGCAUGCAGGAUCUUAGUUCCCCGACCAGGGAUUGAACCUGUGCCCCCUGCAUUGGGGCCGCAGAGUCUUAACCACUGGACCGCCAGGGAAUUCCCUAUAAACACUUUUUUGAAUCCAUUUGAAUUUGCAGCUGGUAGUAUUCCUUGAGUUGAGUGGAACAGGUUUAUGUUCUGUGUUUUGUAUUGCACAUUGUGCCUAAGUUUAUCUCGAGGUUUUCAGAGAUUCAUCUUAGUUCAAGGGGUCCUGGAUUUUGUGCACAACUGUCAUAUGGAGGAGAAAGUUCUGUAGUCAAAUAAAUUUGGGGAAUGUUAAAAUAAAGGUUCUUUACUGCAUAACUUGCCAGAGCUUUUACCGUACUUACGUGCUUUAUGAUUCUACAAGAUUCCCAAACUUAUUUGACCAAGGAAAAAGUUAGGGGCAAGUGUUCCAAGGAUCACUUUUAGGGAAACUGUAUUCCAUUCAUACAACCUGCGAUUUUGUGGCUUUGAUCUUAAUCCCUCUCACUGAGCCUUGGCUUUUCUCUGCUGAGGCUCUUGAUUCGUGCUCACAGGGCAGCUUCUCAGUCCCUUGAUCACUGCAGUUGCCUUUCGCUGGGCCUUCACGCUGUCUCUGGUAGCGCAUGCAAGUCCAGGGUUGUGUGCUGGCGUUUGUUCCCAGGUUCAUCCUGCUGAUGCCCAGCGUGUUGUCCUUCGGGUCACAGCAGCACACCACGCUGCCUUUCUUCUGAGAAUAUUUUGUAGUGACUCAUAGGCCUCUUUGUAGUGAUUCUUACUAACUCAGAGCAUCCAAUUUGUUUGCCCUCUAUGCCAGUGGAAUUAUUUCCUUUUAAUGUCGGUGUAACCAGUAAAAUUUUGCUUUUCAUUCAAAACAGAUUUAAAUGUCAAUGUGUCAACGUGUUAGUUGUUGCUAGGACCUAUCUGUGAAGUUGAGAUGGUCCUAAAACCCUUAACAUUUGGUUUCUACUUUGGGGGGGGGCACGUGUUUCUUUUGUACUCAAAAUUCAGACUUUAAUAUAUUUUAUUUUGACAUUAGUAUUUACUGGGUUUUGUUUUUAUCUCUACUUUCCAAAAUCUUGGGGAGAAAGAGAGGCAGAACAAUUGUAUCUGCUAAAUGGAAAAAAAUGGCUUUGAACAAAAUAAUGUAUAGCUAUAUAACAGACCCAGAGAGUCACUCUCUACCCAUGCUCAUGUGGCCUUUGCCUCCCCUCUCUACUCAGCAUACGUAUCCAUCCACUCACAGGAACACUGUUUGACUAGUAUUUGAGGCUUAGGGUGUCCAGUGCUGUAUUAUUCCUUCUGUUGAGGUGCUUAUAACACUGUACUGGGGUGGGGGGGGGGCGGACAGGACUUGUGAAAUAAGCAGAGCAAAAUGUGAAGCAAUUUAUAAUUAGCGGUCAAAUCUGAGUUUUAGUUUAGACAUAAAUGCUACAGUAUUCAUAAGAGGCAGGAAGUUCUCAUCAAGAAGGCAGGCACCUGCCCUCUGCGGUAAUAGUACUGAGAUAGGCAGAGAGGCCUGGGGAGGAACAUUAGGCGAGUGGAAAGCGAGAGCAAGGAUACGGCGCUAGACAUGAUGAACCUGGUGUUGGGGGAAAGUUGGUCUCGAGUACAGUGAUAGUGGUGCUUGCUGGAAAUGGUGACAGGUGGGGUGCACCAACUGAAGAAGAGGAAGAAGUCCACGAUAACUCACAAGUUUUGAGUCCGCAGGAUCAGGAGAGGCUGUGUUGCCACUGCGAGAAAUCAGGAUUUGGUCUAGGAGAAGGUGUUCCGCUUUAGGUGAGUUUGAAAUGAGAGAACCCUAUAAGACAAAAGCUACGAUGGGCUCGGAGUCAGGUCCACUCAGGGUGCAAUGGGCGAGGCAACUGUGAUGCUCAUAAGUUAUUCACUACAAUCAGACCAUUUCCUAAGUCUAUAAAAGAUAUUUUCCCCUUACCUUUUAGGGAAGGUAAACUAACAAUGUUAAGGAAAAACAACAACAACUCAGACUCAGAUUGUUGUUCUCGAAAAGAAGGCUCGGUUCAGCUCAAUUAAUUCUUCUUUCUGGCAUCAUCCUGUGUUCUGGCAUCUCGUUUCCUCUUGACAAUCUCAUUUUGAGGGUUUAACAACCUCCCAAGCUGUGCUGCAGUCCCUCUCCUACCUAGAGGCCGCCUAAUGGGAAUAGGAGGCCUCUGGUUUUGGAGCAGAUCCCCCAAUGCCGUGUCUGCGCUCUGCCCAAUGUAGACACCCAGUGAAAGUGCGCUGUGACGCUGUAAGCUGGCUCCGAAAGGUUCAUUCCUGUAAAAUGCAGCUCAAGUUGUUGUGAGGCCCUGAAUGAGACCCAGACCUGGGCGGAGGAUCCUUAUGGGGUCGGAGCUGAGUCUGCGUUAUGGAAAGAGUUUGCCCAGAAGGCUUAGGUGGAGAAAAGCAGGGCUAGAAUUGGAAUCCAAAGCCCAGGAUGGCAGGAGAGGAUGUGGGGGCUCCACCCGAUCACCUCUGGGUUCACCAAGAGGGUAUCUACCGCGACGAACACCAGCGCACGUGGGUGGCCGUCCUGGAAGAGGAGACGAGUUUCCUAAGGGCACGAGUUCAGCAAGUUCAGGUUCCUUUAGGUGACGCAGCCAGGCCAAGUCACCUUCUCACCUCCCAGCUACCUCUCAUGUGGCAACUCUACCCCGAGGAGCGCUACAUGGAUAACAACUCUCGCUUGUGGCAGAUCCAGCAUCAUUUAAUGGUCAGGGGAGUACAGGAGCUGUUGCUUAAGCUUUUGCCUGAUGAUUAAUCUGGUGCUGGGAUUCUAGGAAGAUAUGCCCCUCUGUUCUGUUCAGUAUAUGGCAAUCACGUCAUCCACCACUGCAGUGCACCCACCUGUGGGC